AUGACGGCUGAAAAGACGGAGGAUCUGGUCGAUGACGGUGGACCAGGUGAACUCUUCUCAGAGGAGACGUCCUCUGAGAGCAGCAGUGAAGAGACACAACAGCGUGAAGAAGAAGACUCCAACCUGGGAGAAGGAUGUGAGCCUUUUAUCAGAAUGAAGGCGAUCCCAGCGAGCAACGCUCCGCCUUCCUCUGGUCCUCUAAAACUCUCCACCACAGGUUCCUGUGAGAGGAAGGAAAAGUCCUGCAGCAGGUCCCGUUCAAGCAGCUUUCCCUCGCCCACUCAUGAACCUUCUGCAGAAAGCAGAGCCCUAAAAAGAUGUGGAAGUUUCCCUGCCGGGAACCUGAGCAGCAGCUUUGAGGAGUUCACACCUGCCUGCACUGAUGAGUCUGCUGGUGAAAGCUACAGGUUCCAGUGCUCCCGUCCAGGUCAGUACCAGUGCAGAGAGACGGCUCUGGUGUUUCACAUGAAGGACGGAGGCCAGGUUCUGUACAGGAUCCUUCCUUGGAGCAGGAGCCAGCUGAGCCCACAUCACAAGAAGCCUGCAGGACCCCUGUUUGACAUCAGGUGUGUGAAGGAGGGGUCCAUGUGUCAGCUUCACCUCCCUCACUGUGAGAUCCGCUCCACAGGGGGAUGUCGCUUCUUGUCGGUCGCUCACGUGAACGAUGAUGGCAUCCAGUUCAUCAGGCCUCAGAAGAUAACAGAAACUCAUGUUGUCAUCGACGUCACAGGGUUUUCUUGUUACGGUAACGUCAUAGAUGAAAACUCUCCCUCUGUUCCGAUCCGAGCGUUGGUUCUGCCGUUCUACAAGCCUCCACAGGAUCCAGAAACCAAAUACCGCAUUGCUGUGCUGUUACUUCCGAAAAAUGUUUGUCUUAAGCAUGUGAAAAAUACCAGGAAGGAAUUAUUUGGAGAUGAGACGUACAUAGAGACCCCCCCUCACUGUAAACUGAACCCCCAGCAGGAUUACUCUCUGACCACCAGUCCUGGAGGAGACUCCGUUGAAGUCCAGCCUACAGAGGCUGAAUUUGAUCAAGAGUACGAUGACAAUUACUUCCCAGCAUUCCAUGUGACUUAUGAAAACAUGUUGGAACAUAUCCAACUGUUUCUAAAGGACAACGCCUCCCACAGCGUCUGGGAAAGACAAGUUUCUCUUCCUUCCUCUGGAUUACAACGGUCUGUUAGAUCAGCCCGUCUGCGUCUCCCUACAGCCGAACGUCUGCUGGAAGUCCGGAGCAGCCUCGUUGAGAGGAUCUCAGAAUCUAACCUCCUGAAACUGCUGGACAAACUCCUGGAGAGACGUGUCAUCAAUUAUGAUUAGUUGGAGACGGCAAAGGAGAAGACAAACAGAGGAGAGAGAACUCGCUGUGUUGUUGAUACGGUAAGGUUUAAAGGUCAAAAGGCCAGUUCAGAGAUGAUUGAGAUUCUCAAUGACCUGGACCCGUUCCUCUGUGGAGAUCUGGCCUUGAUCUGAAGAGCAUUACUGCCCCCUUAAACUGCACGUGUGUGGAAGCUGCAUCAUGAUUUCCAGGAAGGAGUUUUGAUCCCAACUCUUGCCGUCAGAAAUAUCUGAUCAACUAAUCACCACAGAGGGUUUUCUCUGAAA